GUUGCCAAAAUCCAGUCUGAGUGACCGACUCUCCUGGCCUGGGACCGGCACAGCAUCUCUGGGAAACUUUUAGCGGGCAUGGUGCCCAAGAUCGUUGCUAGCCCGACUGGUUUAAUACUCUCUGCCCUCGCUUCCUCGCCCUGUUGCCAGCCUGUCAGGCUCAGCCCGCCGGUAAUUAGACGCAGCCCACUGUGGAGCGCUCAUUCCGGGGCCCCCAGGACCUGGGUGCGACGAUAUCGCGCCGUCUGGCCUUCCUACGGCAUCACCACCCCGAUCCCGCAUCCUAACCCACAGUUCCCCAUCUCCCGAUCGCCCUUCUGCUUUCAGACGGGCUAUGCCCUCUGCGCCAAACGGCCCUCGCGCCCCUUCCCCCCACCGUUCCUGUCUCCGCCAUCCUCCUCCUUUUCCGAUCCGCUGACCACCCACUACCUCAGUCAGGAUAAGAGAUUAUCCGUCCGGGGGGAUCUGGUCCGCGGCCUGAACAACGGCGACGAUGCCGUUCUAGUGGCGGAGAAUUACCUCGCCGUCAAUGAUGGCGUUGGGGCGUGGGCAACCCGGCCGCGAGGCCAUGCCGCCCUGUGGUCUAGACUUCUUCUCCAUUUCUGGGCGCUGGAAAUUGAGCGAGAUCCCAAUGGACACUCCGAGUUAGAUCCCAUCGGCUAUCUGCAACGAGCCUACGAAGAAACAAUCCGAGCCACGACCUCCCCGGGUGAAUGGUUCGGGACCACCACGUCCGUCACAGCUUUGUUACAUUGGAAGCACGACGAUACGGGACAUGUACGACCGUUGCUAUAUAUAACCAAUCUGGGAGACUGCAAGGUCUUUGUCAUCCGCCCCAGAGAGAAGAAGAUCCUCUUCCGGACCCAGGAACAAUGGCAUUGGUUCGACUGCCCUAUGCAACUGGGCACAAACAGCGUCGAUACACCCCGGAAGGAUGCAGUGCUCUCCCUCAUUGACGUGCAAGAGGAUGACCUCGUGGUGGCCGUGUCGGACGGCAUCCUGGAUAACCUCUGGGAGCAUGAGAUUCUGACUGUCAUCUUGGAGAGCCUGGAGAAGUGGGACCAAGGACGGCAUGACGAUAAGGACAUGGACUGGGCGCCACCAGCUGUGUUGGCUGACGAGCAAAUGGUAUUCGUGGCCAGGGAGCUACUCAAAUCUGCUUUGGCCAUUGCUCAGGAUCCCUUUGCGGAGAGUCCGUACAUGGAGAAGGCGGUUGAUGAGGGCCUGGCUAUGCAGGGUGGGAAAAUGGACGACAUCAGCGUCGUGGUCGGCUGUUGCAAGAAGAAGGACCAUUAGACCCGGCGUUAUCCAGGCACCAUUCACCGAUUACGAUCUUUAUCAUAAAAGCCAGGACCAGGGUUUCAGGGCCCAUGCUCCUCACGGAGCUAAAUUGCAUAACUGGCCAGUCGAUGUGGACCUUCGGCACGCUUCCUGCAUCACAGGAAAAACGGGAAAGCAGCUUGUCUGAAAUACCGGGCUCCUGAAUCAGUCUCAGGUCGGCCAUCAGACAAGUAGUUGGUGGCAUUGCAUAGCCCCAACAUAUGCAUCACAUGGGUGACGCAUAUAUUGCAUGCUGGAACCCUUGAUCCGACUUUAGGGCCGGUUCGGCGGGGAGAGCGACAGCGUUCAUGGCACUAUUCCUGUAAUUCGAUCUAUAUAUAAUUUUACUAGCAUAGCGAGAUAGACCACUGCUUAUCGGAGACAUUUCAUUCCAUCCCAUUGCCUAGCCGUCCACACUCAGCAUCAAUUAGGG